AUGUCAUCCCAAACCACCGCCUCCACCAUCGCCAUCGGGGCACAGCACGCCUGGCUGCUGUUCAUCACCAUGGCCUGCUUCGGUUCCUUCUUCUACUGGCAGAACCUCUCUCCCUACGUCCCCUCUGUUGUCGGCACCGGCGUCACCAUCUACUUGUUCUGCGUACACUGCGUCCUCGGUCUCUUCGCCCUGUUCUUCGUCCUCCUGAACUACACCCUCUCGCAUCGCCUCAUGGCAGGUUGCUUAGGCACCCUGACCUGUGGGAUCACAGCACUGUUCGCCUACACCGACGUCGGUGGAUGGUGGGCGCUCGCCGGGCUCUGGCACAUUUACCAGAUCUACUGGGAUGGGGCUUGGGGUCUUGUGUAUUGGCCGUUGACGUGGGGGUUGUUCUUCUACCUCAUGGCCUUCUUCAGAUCACCAGGGACACAACGGGAACUCGAGAAGCACCGAUUCGCAGAGACCAGGUUCUUUCGAUUCUGCCCCUGGAACUGGCAAAAGGCCAAGCAGUUUGUGAAGGCUCUCGCUUGGCGCUGUCGCAUCCGCCCCGCCUUCCUCCUACCCGAUGCCGUCAUCCAUCGGGAGCACCAGCAGAAGCAAGAGCAGAAGAGACUCGAUGCAAUCAAACGCGAGGAGCAGCAAGCCGCCGACGAACGUGUACGAGACGCACUGGAGCGACGCGAGCGGAUUAAGGCACAGAAGGCCGAGAGAGAUCGCCGUGACCUCGAGCGACUCCAGGCGAUGCAAGCACAGGAUAUCUCGCGGGCCCGUUCUCGCGCCGAGCGAGAACGCGAGCAGCAGCGCCAGCGGAAAAAGAACGCCUACUACAAGAAGUUCGACAUAGAUUUCCCUCGUGACCGCACUGGUGCGAUCAUCGAGAAGAUGGACGAGUUCCUGGAUUCUGCCCGUGCCCCUGUUCCUUGGGUUGUUUCUGCGCCUGUCUUAUCGGUUGUUCCUGCGCCUGUCCUGUCUGUCGUCUCCGCCACGCAGUCGGUUCUGGCUCCGGCUCCAGCUCAGGCCCCGCAGACAGUAUUCAUCCCGGCCUCGUUCGCGCUCUUCCCCGCUCCGCAGGACGGCGGUGCCUCGGCUCCGUUCGUGCCGAGUGACGUGAACGCCUGGAUCGAUGACCCGAUGGAUGUCGACGAGCCUUCCGAUGACGAGCCUUUAGAGAUGAGCAUCGACGCUGCCUCUUCUCCGUCCGUCUCCGUCUCCGCCCCGGCUCCGGUCGCCUCUCUUCCGUCUGUCUCCGCCAAGGCCCCGGCUCCGACUUCUUUCACGACGCCGCAGCCGAAGCCGAAGGAACAGGUCGAGCUACCAUCGCCGGUUAAGCGGACUUCGCCGUUCUCUCGUGUCGCCUCUCCUCCGUCUGUUCCGUCUACGCUGCCCCAGACUCCCUCGAAGAGCGCACAUAUCCCCUCUGGGUCGUCCGUUUCUGGUCUUGGCAGUGGCCGCACGAAGAAGGAGAGGAUCCAGAAUGGGUUGUUGUCGCCGUCCCCUGCCCCGGCUCCCACUACGCCCGCGCCUCCUACCACGCCCGCGCAGCCGGCCAAGCCGACGCUUACGUGGCCUAAGACGAAGGAAACCCCGGCUCUGGACUCGUCAUUCUCUUCCAUCGAUCCUUCUCCGCCUGCCUUCUCCGCGUCCGUGCCGUGGUUUGCUCAUGCUCCGCCUGUUACUUUUGCUCCGCGUUUUGCUCCGCGAGUUACUCCUCCUCCGUCCGUCACCAAGGCUCCGGCCAAGGCAAGGACGGUGCUCACGCUCGCGCAGUACAAGGCCAAGCAAGUUGAGAAAGCCGGCCGUGUGUUCGGUGGCUCGUCUUCGCACUCGACGUUCGCUCCUACCACGCCUUCUGCGUUGGCGACCGCCCCGCCCUGGUCCGCGCAGCAGCAGCAGCCAUCGGUCCCGCAGCCGCCGCCGCACCUGUCGCAUCACGUGUCGCGGCCCUUCUUCACACCGCAGCCGCAGCCGCAACCGGGCACUUCGCAGCAGCCCACGGCGCCCGCUCCUGAACGGAUCGCGGGCGUUACGCGCGAGGACAUCUACCUGCGAUUCCGAAGCGAGGGUGAGAAUGAAGCCGAUUCUGAGAUCAUGACUGAGGAUACAUGGGCCAUACUGUUAAGAGACUACUACAGAGGACAAGGGACGCAGUAG